UUUAUUGCAGGAAACAAUAAUAAUCAAGAUUUAGGAAAGAAGGAAGAAGGAAAGAAACUCUUGGUCUCUGAAAUACUUCUGUAUAUAUCAUCUCUACAUUCUUCUUCACAUAAUAUUACAAUUACAUGAAAGACCCAAGAACAAUUUUCAUAAAUAUUUGCACUAAUCAACAGAAGAAGCAUUGUGAUUCUUGAAGAAGAAUUAUCAAGAUGAAGUUUGGAAAAGAAUUCGCAGCACAAAUGGUGCAGGAAUGGCAACAAGCGUACAUGGACUAUAACUAUCUCAAAACAAUCUUGAAAGAUGUAUUGCGUUUCAAGCAAAGAAACACAGUACUAUCUCCCAUGGCAACAGCUGCAAAUUCAACCUCCUCUCCUUUGAAGAGAAGGGUAUCUCUCUAUAGAGCUUUCAGUGGCCUAACAAGCCGGUAUAGAUCAGGUUCUCCAAGAAAAUGUAGUGGCAGUGAAGAUGAAGUGAUACUAAUUAAUCCAGUAGAAGAUCAAGAAGGCGGGGAAGGUCAAUACCAGACCAUGUUUCUUAAUGCAACAGAUGAAGGAGGAGAGUAUGAACUUGUGUUCUUUAGAAAACUUGAUGACGAGUUUAAUAAAGUUGUUGAGCAUUACAAGAAUAAAGUUCAGGAAGCUAUGGCUGAGGCUGAUGAUUUGAGCAGACAAAUGGAUGCUCUAAUCGCGCUAAGAAUUAAGGUAGAGAAUCCUGUGCUAGGAGGAGCUGAUAUCAAUGGAAUUCCUUCUGUUUCAGCAACAGUUGUUCAUCCCAUAAAUGGUAGAAAUACAGGAUGGUCGUGUAUGGAAGUGAUUGAAGAAGUUGAGAUGAGCAAUGAAGUGAAUUCAAAUGAUGAUAAGAGAGGCAGCGACGAUGAGAACUCUGCGUCUGGUAGCCAGAAGAAAGCUACUGGACGCCAUAAUAGUAUUGAGGGCUUUAAGCCGGCUUCAUUAGAAGUUCUUGAUCAUGUAAAAAUCAAUGUUGAACCUGAAACUCCAGUCUCAACAAUGAAGAAUAUCAUCUCGAGUUCGAAAGCAGAUCUGUCCUACAGCAAGAAAGAAUUAAGGAAGGCAGAGGAACUCAUAACUCGAGCUUUUAUCGCAUUCUAUCAGAAGCUUCGACUUCUGAAAAGUUACUGUUUCUUGAACCAAUUAGCAUUCUUCAAGAUUAUGAAAAAAUAUGACAAGAUUACUUCAAGAAAUGCAUCGAAAGCUUACCUAAAAAUGGUGGAUAAUUCUUAUCUUGGAAGCUCUGUAGAGGUCAGUAAGCUCAUGGAAAGAGUGGAGGCCACAUACAUUAAACAUUUUGCAAAUGGGAACCGUAGUAAAGGAAUGAGUAUUUUGAGACCAAAAACUAAAAGGGAAAAGCAUAGAAUUACAUUCUCGCUGGGUUUCUUCUCUGGUUGCACAGCAGCACUUCUGAUAGCACUUGUUAUUAUUAUACAUGCAAGAAAUGUUCUUAAUAGUAAUGGAGGUCCAAAAUAUAUGGAGAACAUGUUUCCACUUUACUCAUUUUUUGGAUUCAUAGUCCUGCAUAUGCUCUUGUAUUCUGCCAACAUAUACUUUUGGAAGCGUUACCGGAUCAAUUAUGCUUUCAUAUUUGGGUUCAAACAAGGAACAGAAUUGGGUUAUAGAGAAGUCUUUCUUUUAAGUUCAUGUCUGGCAGUACUAACGUUGGGCAGUAUCCUCUCAAAUUUGGAUAUGGAGAUGGAUAAAAGAACACAAAGCUUUCAAGCAAUUACUGAAUUAGUCCCAUUGGGCUUACUCAUUCUUGUGCUUCUUAUAACAUUCUGUCCUUUCAAUAUCAUAUACCGGUCAAGUCGCUUCUUCUUGAUUCAAUGUGCUUUUCAUUGUAUGCUUGCUCCUCUUUAUAAGGUUACCCUCCCGGAUUUUUUCUUGGCAGAUCAACUUACUAGCCAGGUGCAAGCUUUCAGAAAUUUAGAAUUCUAUGUUUGCUACUAUGUCUGGGGAGAUUUCAGAAAGAGAGAAAACACUUGCAGAGGAAGUAAAGUUUUCGAAGCCUUUUACUUUGUUGUAGCAAUGAUUCCAUACUGGACUCGUUUCCUCCAGUGUCUUCGUCGGUUGUUCGAAGAGAAAGAUUCAAUGCACUUGUUCAAUUCAAUAAAAUACUUCUUAAUAGUCACUGCGGUUGCCAUGAGGACACUGUAUGAGUUGAGAAGGGGAAUGUUCUGGAAGAUUUUUGCAGCAGCAACUUCAGGUACUGCAACCAUUAUUGCUACAUAUUGGGACAUUGUAAUAGACUGGGGUCUUCUGUGCCGAAAUUCAAGAAAUCCAUGGUUGAGAGAUAAGCUAGUUAUAUCAAACAAAAGUGUUUACUUUGGAGCAAUGGGGUUGAAUAUUGUGUUAAGACUUGCUUGGAUGCAGACAGUGUUGGGUUUUACAGAGGCACCUUUCUUGCAUAGGACAGCCUUAACUGCAAUUGUUGCUUGCUUGGAGAUAAUUCGGCGUGGCAUCUGGAAUUUCUUCAGGCUGGAGAAUGAGCACUUGAACAAUGUUGGCAAGUAUAGGGCAUUUAAGUCAGUACCCUUACCCUUCUCCUACGAAGAUGAUGAUGAAGUCAAGAGUGUGUGAUCAAGAAGAAAAACCAUCAAAUUUGCCCCCAAAAGUUGUUUUGUUUCUCUUCUCCAUUGUUUUUAAUCAUUUUUUUAUUAAAUUUACUGAGUGAAAGUGAAAUGUAAGAUUACAGAAGAAGUAGAGAAAAGGAAAGAAAAGCUAAAUCAUACGAUCGCAAACACAGGAACAUUUGUCUGUAUCUGUGAGAAAUGAAAGGAGAAUAGUGGCAUUGCCAAGUUCAA